AUAUAUGUUCAAAAAAUUAUAUUCCUCUAUGGAUUAUAAUCGAUACUGUCAAUUUUUGAAAUUUCACAGUAACAUUUCAAUAUGGUGCUAUAACAAAUAUUCUAAUUGUUCUUUUCAUUAGCAAGUAUUUGGUUUUGCUGAUGAAAAUUUUCCAUUUCCACUUCCAAAUACAGAAAGUAUAUAUUAUGAACCACUCUCACAUAGAUAAGUGGGAGUAGUGUUAAUAAUAGGUCUUCAGGCCUAUAAAAGUGCUGACAAAAGUAUUAAAUAUCAUUCAAAAUGUAUAGUAGUGAAAAAUAUGGUCAGCCCUUUGUGGCUCCUGUUCGAUUGUUUUAUAUACUGUUAAUUUUCAUGUGUUUGUCGACUGAAAUAAUCACAAUACCGUUAUCUACAUCUAUGCAAAAAUAUCAAGAUUAUACUACAGAGAAUAUGUUGGCAGAAAACUCAACAGAUGACAACUUAUACAUUAUAAGAGCAGUAGUAUAUGAAAUUGGAGUUUUGACGGAUACUAAUAAUAGUACUGAUGAAAAUCCAGAAAGAAAUGAAGAAGUUAACAUUUCAAUUUAUAAUCCACCGCAUAAAGAAAAUGGAUUGUUAGAUUUGGAUAAAGUUUCAGUAUCAACUGAAAAUACUUUGAGUACAGAAGAAAGUAAUGCAGGAACAUAAUAUAAUAAUACGAUAGAAAGUAAUUUUCAUUAAUGAUAUGCAGUUGAAUGAAAAAAAUUAAUUAUUUAAUGUGUACAUAUAUGUUUAAUUAUUUAUAAAUUAAAUAU